AUGUUGAAAGGAUCCAACUCGAAGUCUUCAGAUGGAUCAGGGAGUGGGUCUAAUUCUGGUUUAUUUCAGAACUUAAGAAGACUAACCACAAAGGAUAGAGACAACAGAAAUAAAAGCCCUAAGCGGACCUCUCUCGAUAAUGAUAAUAUUUCCCAGAGAAGCACAAAGAAUAUUAAUGUAUCACAGGCAGUUUCGUCGAGACAUGGAUCUAUUGACCAGUCAAGACCACUUAACAAGAAGUCAACACUGAAUUCACAAAAUUUGUCUCAAUAUGUUAACAACGGGAAGGCACUGAGCCCUGAGUCUGGCUCUAAUCAUCAUAGAACAGAUUCCACACAAUCGGGAUUUAAGUACUCAUACUCAAGGAGAUCUUCAGGGCAGGUCUCUAUGGCUCCUAGCAGUAUGGGUAACAUAAACUUAACUCGUCACAAUACCAAUACUAGCUUUUCAUCGGCUAGUGUUCUUUCCCAUGGUUCUAUAACAAAUUUAUCACGUUUCAUGACACCAGAUGGGAAAAUAAAUUUGACCAUGCCCUCUGAUCCAUAUGAAGUGGAAUCUUUGUUUGAGGACAUCAUGUACAAACGAAAUAUCCUCCAAAGUCUCCCUCAGGAAAAACAAAACGAACUUAUGAGUUAUAGUAUUGAGAAAAAAUGGCUUAUUGUCAAACAAGACUUGCAGAAUGAGUUUAAGAGGAUUAAGGCGUCAAAUAAGGGUGAUAGCAGAACAGGUAUGUCAAUGCCAGAUUUAGGUUCUGAUCCCAGUAAUUCUGUUUCACCUCCGGGACCAAUUUCAUCUUCUGGUUCUUCCAUAUUCUCUAGUGACGUAACAAGUACAGCACCAUCCACAUAUAGCCGUUCCGGAAAGAAGAAUAUACCAAUCAGUAAGCCAAUAGCUGCAACAUCUACCGAAUUAUACCAUAUUGCAGAAAGAAACACUAGCUCGUCAACAAUCCAAUCCGAUAAAGCGAACAGACCGCCAAUUCAUUAUGUAAAGAAAAUCGUAGAUGACAAACUGAGCAAAGAUGAGAUGAAAGAUUUAUGGGUUACGUUGCGAACAGAACAACUAGAUUGGGUAGAUGCUUUUCUUGAAAAUCAGGGACACAUUGCUAUGGCUAAUAUUUUGAUGAAAUCGAUAUACAAGACCACACCCAAAGAUAAAGUUUCAGAGCCUUUGCUCGAUAAAGAAAAUGCUUUUUUCAAGUGUUUUCGUGUGUUAGCGGUAUUGUCGCAAGGGCUGCAUGAAUUUACAAUACACUCCUUAAUGACUGAUACAAUUGCACAAGGUCUAUUUUCUGGUAGGCUUGCAACUAGGAAAAUGGCUACUGAAAUAUUUGUGUUCCUAUUAGAAAAGAAGAAUAAGAAGCGUUUUGAAUCAGUACUAAGCUCUUUAGAUAAAAACUUUAUAAUUGGGCAGAACUCCCAUAUGAAUGAGAGCUAUAAGAAACUACCACAAUACUUUACACAUUUGACUUCAAAUAGUAAUCUGAAAGUCAUUCAGGCUUGGUUAUUUGCGGUAGAGCAAACUCUAGAUGGUCGUGGUAAAAUGGGAUCAUUAGUUGGAGCCUCUGAGGAUUAUAAGAACGCCGGUGGGGAGAAUGCAAUAUUAGAGUACUGUCAAUGGACAAUGGUAUUUAUUAAUCAUUUAUGUUCAAGUUCUGAAAAUAUAAAUCAAAGAACAUUGUUAAGAAGAAAACUUGAAAAUUGUGGUAUUUUAAGGAUAAUGAACAAAAUCAAGUUGCUGGAUUAUGAGAAAGUUAUCGACCAAAUAGAGCUCUAUGAGAAUAAUAAGCUUGACGAUUUCAAUGCACUUCUAGAAAGUAAUAAGAAAAAUAUUAAUGUUGAUCUCCAGGAUCCCGUAUCAUUGAUGAAAAAUCUUCUUGACGCAUGUAAAGGUACAGAAAAUGAAAAAACACUGGUAUCACUAGUCCAGCAUAUAUUCUUGCCCACUUCAAAGCUAUUAGAUGAAAAACAAGAUCCAAACAAGGUUACAAAACAAUUGAAACUCAUGGACUCAUUGGUAACUAAUGUAAGCGUGACCAGCACAGAAGAAGGUUCAAACGUGAAUAUGGCUAUUCAACGUUUAUAUGAUUCAAUGCAGACCGAUGAAGUAGCUAGGAGAGCCAUAUUAGAAAGCAGAACAUUAACCAAGAAAUUAGAGGAAAUGGAAGCUGAACGAGAUAUGUUAGUUGAAAAGUUAUCAAAAGCAGAGCAUGGACUGGUUGGACAGUUAGAGAUGGAAGUUAAGGAACGUGAUAGAAUUCUUGCAAAAAAUCAAAGGGUGAUGAAACAGCUGGAGUCAGAGCUAGAAGAACUAAAGAAAAAGCAUUUAUUGGAAAAGCAUGAACAGGAAGUAGAAUUAAGGAAGAUGUUAACAAUUUUGAAUUCACGACCGGCAAAAACAAAAGAGCAGAAAAAGAAGAUUGGCUCUAUAGAAGCCUCAGAAAAAGAAGAUUUACAGAGAGCUCUCCAGAGUGGCCUUCAGAAAGCGAAGAAAGACUUCAAGGAUGACUCCAAAAAGUUUGGUAUGACCAUUCAGCCAAAUCAAAGGCUGAAAGUGUUACGUAUGCAGAUGGAAAGUAUUGAAAAUGAGGCUCGUAAAUUGGAAAUGACAAAUUUUGCAGAAUACGAGAAGAAAGGGCUCAAACCGCCUGCAAAUGUGCAGAAGAAGAGCAAACCGAUUUCAGAACUGAAUAAAGAACAGAGAAUUCAAAAACUAAAUGAAUUGAGGGAUAAAUUGAGGAGAAUUCAAAUGGAAUCUAACGAUGUAUCCAAAUUCAAUGUAGAUGAAAGAGUGAAUGAGCUAUUUAAUGAUAAAAAGAGAACCGCACUACAAAGACUCAAGGAACUGGAAACUAAGUAUAAAGGGUUUGGAAUAGACUUCAAAGUGGAAGAUUUCACCCAUGAGUCUACAGAUUCUAGUAAUGAAGGAUAUUCUAGUUUGGAUCCUAAAGUUUAUCAGGACAAACUAGACGAAAUAACAAAGAUUUCAGAAGAGCUUCUGCAGCAAAAGAAUGAACUAGAAACAACUCAGACGUCAAGUUCUGAGUCAAACUCAGACUCCGAAUCAUCUUCAGAUUCUGAUGAUAGUAUGGAGGAUGCUUUAACGAACAACAAGGAUAUAAAUGGCACAAGUUCUAACGUGUCUGAUCUGGCAUCAGGUUCAUUUUUAGACACUUUAACUCAAAAAUAUGGAACUGGUCAAGCAGAGCCAAUUCAGUCUCCAGUUGGCCAUUAUUCUAAUAGAAAUGAAAAGUCUUUUGUGGACCGAAUGAAGCGUAACUCUCGUGUGCCAUCUUAUGUUGAAGAAUUGUCAAAGAAGAUGAGGGGAAAUAAGGAUCAUGAAUUUGAGGAGGAUGACCAUAAAAAUGGCAAUCAAUCAUCUGACGAUUUUGAUUCUGAAAGCAAAACCAAUAUGGAUCAAGAUCAGUUAUUAGCAACCUCCGCGGUAUCACCUACAACUUCAGCUCCCCCACCACCACCUCCUCCAAUGCCUGCUGGGCUAUUUGGCGCUAAUAAUGACAACAAUACUGGUGAUUCUGAUGCGAUAUCCGUUUCAGGAACGCCUGCUCCACCUCCACCACCUCCACCACCUCCAUUUUUGAAAGACUCAUCACCAAUUCCACCACCACCAAUGCCAACCAUGUUAACGCCCUCAGAGUCAACUACAUCUCUGUCAUCUAUUCCACCUGCACCACCAAUGAUGACCAAGGACUCUAAAAAGAAGGUUGUUUCUUCGCCUCUACUUCCUCAGUCCCCAUCAUUGUUUGAGAACUAUCCCCGUCCACAGAAGAAAUUAAAGCAACUACAUUGGGAGAAGGUGGAAUCUACUGACAAUUCAAUUUGGGGAUCGCAGAAAGCAGAGAAAUUUGCUGAUGAUUUGUAUGAAAAAGGUGUUCUAUCUGAAUUAGAGAAGGCAUUCGCUGCAAGAGAAAUAAAGAGCUUAGCUACAAGGAAGAAAGAAGAUUUACAAAAAAUAUCAUUUUUGUCACACGAUAUAUCGCAACAAUUUGGUAUUAACUUACAUAUGUAUUCUAAUCUGACUGUUAACCAAUUUGUUGAAAAAGUUCUGAAGUGUGAGAGGGAUUUCAUGAACACACCAAGUGUUAUUGAAUUUUUAUCGAAACAAGAGAUCGUAGAGGUCUCUACAAACUUGGCAAGAAACUAUGCUCCUUAUAGUACUGAUUGGGAAGGUAUCAAAAAGAUCGAAGAUGCCAAAGCUCCAGAGAAAGAUCCAAAUGAGCUUCAACGUGCUGAUCAAAUUUAUCUUCAAUUAAUGGUUAACUUACAAUCUUAUUGGGCUUCUCGUAUGAGGGCAAUUAGGAUGAUAACUUCGUAUGAAAGGGAAUAUAAUGAGUUACUGGCAAAACUUCAUAGAGUAGACAAAGCUGUCGGAUCUCUGCAAGGCUCAGAUAACCUAAAAAACAUCUUUAAUGUUAUUCUUGCAGUGGGUAAUUUUAUGAAUGACUCUGCUAAGCAAGCUAAAGGUUUCAAAUUAUCAACUCUACAAAGAUUAACAUUUAUAAAAGAUGCAGACAACAGUAUGACUUUCUUGAAUUAUGUUGAGAAAAUUGUCCGGUCUAACUAUCCAGAGUUUAACAACUUUUUAAUUGAAUUGGAACCAGUUUUAGAAGUUGUGAAGGUUUCAAUAGAGCAAUUGGUAAACGAUUGUAAUGAUUUUGUACAGGGUAUUAACAAUGUUGAGCGUUCUAUUGAGAUUGGUAACUUGAGUGACUCUUCUAAGUUUCACCCAUUGGAUAAGGUGUUGCUAAAAGUAUUGCCUAAUUUAUCGGAGGCAAGGAAAAAGGGAGAACUACUUGCUGAUGAAAUGAAACUAACAAUAAUGGAAUUUGAACAAAUUAUGCAAACUUACGGUGAAGAUUAUGGCGAUAAAUUUGCUAAGAUAUCUUUUUUCCAGAAAUUUGCAGACUUCAUUGCAGAAUAUAAGAAGGCACAAGCCCAAAAUAUUAAGGUUGAAGAGGAAGAAGCAGCAUAUGAAAGACAUAAAAAAAUGGUUGAAGAACAACAACGGAAAGCACAAGAGGAUGCUAGCAAGUUGAAUGAGAAUAGUUCUCAGACAGGGAAUAGCGAUGAGGAGGAGGAAUCGGAAGAUAGGCGUGCUGUAAUGGAUAAAUUGCUAGAACAAUUAAAGAAUGCGGGACAAGUGAAAACUGAUCCAACAUCUGCAAGAAAAAGAGCUUUAUUGAGGAAAAAGAUUCACAGCAGUGAAGAAUCAGAGUCCAGUCCAUUGGCUGAGAUGCAGGUUGGCGGGGACUCUUUAAUUUAUUCACCUGAUGCUAAGGAACAAAUCGAACUUGAAAUUCACAUGGCAUCACCAACACCAAAAACUAAAGAAGAUGGUAAAUUGGGGACAGGUGAAAACAGUAAUGGAGAAUCGCCAUUGAAAAAAAUCAAUGAAGAUGAAGAGAUAGGUGACAGAGCUAAAACCCUUCUAAUGGAAUUAAGAGGAAGUGAUGCAUUAAUGGAUAGGAACACUGCAUUGGAUGAGCACAAAGAAAGAUUGCGUGCACGUAGAAAGAGAACAGAUAGUAAUAAAAUCCCAAGCAGUAAUAGAUUGAAAUUUGUGGAUGAAAAGAGCCCAGAUGAAGAGCAAGAAGAAGUUUCAUCUAGCUCGAUAUCAACAACAGGCAUAGUUACUGCUCAAGAAAGUCCUGUGCAAAUCGAUGAAAAUGAGGAUUGA